UUAACAAUUAAAACCUCAUUUCCUUGGACUGCCCUUUCUCUCUUGCAAAUGCGAACUCUUCUCUUCACUGAAUAACAAGAGCCGCCGUAAUAAUUAUAAUACAAACGCCGGAGGUUUAUUCCUAGAGUUCCGGCGAUGGCAUCGGAGGAUGUGAAGACAAGAAGCGAGGCUGCAGUUUCGAAGAUCGUCAAUCUGGCGGAAGAAGCGAAGUUAGCGAGAGAAGAGAUUAAAGCGCCAAGCCACGCUCUUUUUAGUAUCUGCAAGUCCUUAAUCGCCGGUGGUGUUGCCGGUGGAGUGUCACGUACUGCUGUUGCUCCCUUAGAAAGAUUAAAAAUUCUGCUCCAGGUUCAAAAUCCGCAUAGUAUAAAGUACAAUGGUACUAUUCAAGGCUUGAAAUAUAUAUGGAGAACUGAGGGUUUCAGAGGAUUAUUUAAAGGCAAUGGCACUAAUUGUGCUCGCAUAGUUCCAAAUUCAGCAGUCAAGUUCUUUAGUUAUGAGGAAGCUUCCAAGGGUAUAUUAUGGAUGUACAGGCAGCAAACUGGAAAUGAUGAUGCUCAGCUUACUCCACUUUUACGUCUUGGAGCUGGUGCAUGUGCUGGAAUUAUUGCCAUGUCAGCGACUUACCCAAUGGAUAUGGUCCGGGGUCGGCUAACUGUCCAGACGGAAGCGUCUCCUCGCCAGUACAAAGGAAUUUUUCAUGCUCUUUCAACAGUCCUCAAGGAAGAAGGUCCCCGGGCUUUAUACAGAGGCUGGCUGCCUUCUGUUAUAGGAGUAGUUCCAUAUGUGGGUCUAAACUUUGCAGUGUAUGAAUCUCUAAAAGACUGGUUACUCAAAAGCAAACCUUUUGGAUUAGUUCAAGACAAUGAGUUGGGUGUGGCAACAAGGCUUGCAUGUGGAGCUGCUGCUGGAACUGUCGGCCAGACAGUUGCUUACCCUCUUGAUGUUAUUCGGAGAAGAAUGCAAAUGGUUGGCUGGAAGGAUGCUGCUUCAGUUAUCACUGGCGAUGGGAAGACUAAAGCACCACUUGAAUAUACUGGCAUGGUUGAUGCCUUCAGGAAAACAGUUCGGCACGAGGGAUUUGGAGCAUUGUACAAGGGGUUGGUUCCCAAUUCAGUGAAGGUGGUUCCAUCUAUAGCAAUUGCAUUUGUGACAUAUGAGUUGGUGAAGGAUGUUCUUGGAGUUGAGGUGAGGAUAUCUGACUGAAGCAGGAAGAAUUCUAAAAGAUUAAACUUCCGUGCUUCAUUUGCAAGAGGAGAAAGGAGCGUUGGGAGAAGGUCAGCAAAUUGGAAUAUCUCAACUCCAGCUAGCAAGGAAAUUUAGAAGCCCGACUUUUAACCUAUGUUAAUAUAUUCCUCUAUCCCAUCUUAUUCUCAUUUCUAUAUGUAAACCCAUCUUAGUUUUUAGAUGUCUUAUUCAUAUAUGUCAUGCCAAUAAGUAUUUGUGAGGAAAUGAUGCACCCCGUGCAUUCCAUUAGCUUCUUAGAGAGUUUUAAAGUUACUCUUUUUACCUAGUUCUAUCUGUGAUCAUUACGAGUUUAUUUAAUAGAAUUUGACAUUUUUCUAGGUA